CUCAAAAAUUGCUGUGGCACGCCAUAAACCUUAGAAGACAUCCUCAGCCUGCAAUCAAGGUGUUCCACGACGACAUAUUUCUUUGAGGCAUUUUGUCAAACAGUUCACGUGCCUCACCUAUGCUUCCACCUUUUGCGUAUCUUGAAUUAUAGCAUUCUGUCAAAUAAUUCUUCAAGCCAUUAUGUCAAACAGUUCACGAACCUUGUCGAAGCUUAUACAUUUUGCAUACAUUUCUCUCAGGGUAGCUGCAGCUACAACAUCUGACAAAAUUCAUUUCCAGUGUCCCAUUGGGGAUGUCCAUACGUAAAGCUCCCAUUUUCGUAUGGCCCGGGAAGAUACUGGCAAAGGUUGCAGGGUCUGGGUUUACAACUACUAAUUGCAUUUGGUUGAGAUUUGUUGAAUCUUUUUCAAGAAAUCCAUUUUGUGCAUAUCCUGCAAUCAAAUAAGUUCCAUGCUAGCAUACUUCUUUGAGGCAUCUGGUCAAACAGUUCAUAUGCUUCCACAUUUUGGAUACAUGUCUAUCAAAGUAUUUCCCAUUGUAAGAUCUGAAAGUUUUUGCCCUUUUGUUAUGCUUUGAUGGAUGCGUAUACCCUGUUCCAAAACUCCCAUUUAUCAACAGCAUCGUGAGCAUGCCCAUGUCUUCUGUCUGCUGCAGAAACCACUGGCAUAGACAUUCUAGCAGGGAUGGAAAUCUUUACACCUGACAAAAGUCUUCCAUGACGGCGGUGAAACAAUGUGAGUGCCCGCUCUUUAAUGCCAUCCAACGCUUUCAAACUUUUGCGCGGGGAGUUUUCAAAUUCAGAAGUUAACGGUGACUAUUAUUUAAACCGGACAGACGGGAGGGAACGGUCGUUACUGAAAGAAACGGUGGAAACCAAAAAUCUGAAAACGGGAACGCUGUGAACGGGAAAUGUCAGCUCAGUGGACCUGACACACCGAAGCAGUCAAAGCUUCGAGUGUGCCGGUUAAGCCCGGCCCUCCUGAAUAUGCUGUGCAUGGCCAAUUAACACAAAAAGCAGAUGUUUAUAGCUACGGAGUGAUUGUCCUAGAGAUUGUGAGUGGAAAGAAGUGCAGCAAAACUGGACUUCCGCAUCCCAUGGAGCUUCUUUUGCAAUGGGCUUGGAAUUCAUAUGAAACAAACGAGAGCUUGAGCAUUGCUGAUCCAAAACUGGAGUUAGGGACUCUAUCUGAAAACAAGCAAAGAGAAAUAUUAAGAGUUAUACACAAUGCUCUUCUUUGCACUCAAGGCUCUCCUACUAAGCGACCAUCCAUGUUUAAUGUUGUGUCAAUGUUAACAAAUGAUUUAGAGAUUUCAGAUGUACCCACUCCACCGGCUUUAUUGGAUCUUUCAACUGCAACUUCAGAAGCUUGUCCCUUAACGUCACAUGGAUCCAUUAGUUUAUCUCUCUUUCCACGCUAAGAGUUAUAAUUGAUCUCCCUAUUGAUUGGGUUAAAUUUGGAUGCCACCAAAUGAAACAUUCCAUGUUUGGUUGAUGGACUCAUCAGAUUCA